AUGGUUGCCUCAGUUUCCCUAUUUGCCUCUCUUGCACCAUACCUAGUCUCAGCAUUACUUCUAUUCCUUCUGCUCGAGCAACUCUCUUACCAUGUCAAAAAACGAAACCUCCCUGGCCCCCUCUUCGUCACCCCAAUCAUUGGAAACGUCAUUGCACUCCUCCGUGACCCAACUUCCUUCUGGAACAAGCAAUCUGCGAUGCGAGAAGUCGCAAGUUUUUGGUCGCCUGAGUCCAACGAGUUAAUCACAGCCGAUCAGCUCGUGGAGAUGAAGUUCACGCGGACUGUGGCGCGUGAGGUCCUUAGAUACCGACCACCAGCAAGUAUGGUUCCACAUGUUGCUGUUAGUGACUUCCCUCUCACGGAAUCGUACACAAUCCCUAAAGGUACAGUUGUGUUUCCUUCCCUUUUCGAUGCCUCGUUUCAAGGGUUUACUGAGCCAGACCGAUUUGAUCCUGACCGGUUUAACGAGACAAGGCAAGAGGAUCAGGUGUUCAAACGCAAUUUCUUGACUUUUGGAAUUGGCUCGCACCAGUGCGUAGGCCAGCGUUACGCGCUGAACCACCUCGUGCUCUUCAUUGCCAUGUUCACGUCGGUGUUUGAUUUCAAGAGGGUCCAAUCGGAUGGCUGCGAUGAUAUUGUGCAUAUCCCAACGAUGUCGCCCAAAGACGGGGGCAUGGUUUUCUUGUCUAGUCGCGACGGUGCCUCUCCUUGAAUUAAUCGUCAGUGUAUAUUCUAUCGCUUUUCAUGAUGUGGCCUAAGUGUUAUUCAAUUUGAGAGGAGACGCCACGUCAUUGUGUUGCCAUGUCUUCACCAUCAAUGUAUGUUGUUCUUUGUCCCAAUGAUGUUAUGUAGUAACUUAUUCGCCCGAAUAUA